AUGUGCACCACGGGCCACUCCCCCACCCCCACCCCCACCACCUGCCCCACCCCAGCCCGCAGGAGGCACCGCACCACCUUCACGCAGGAGCAGCUGGCCGAGUUGGAGGCAGCCUUCUCCAAGAGCCACUAUCCGGACAUCUACUGUCGGGAGGAGCUCGCCAGAAAGACCAAACUUAACGAGGCUCGCAUACAGGUGUGGUUCCAGAACAGGCGCGCCAAGUACCGCAAGCAGGAGAAGCAGCUACAGAAGGCCCUGGCCGGCACGCCCUCGGUGCUGCCCACGUGCAACGGCGCCAUGAUGCGGAACAUGUACCCCUCGGCCACGCGCGGCUACCAACCCUACCCCUCACACAACGCCAUCUCCACCUUCAACACCAUGAACCGGUACCCGCAGAUGUCGUCGAGUUCUUACCCCGGCAUGGGCCAACCGUUCAGCAUGGCCCACCCCACCUCCAACAUGGCGGCCAUGAGGCAGGACACCAUGACAGGCAUGGCGACGGAGGAGGACUGGUACAAGAAGGGGCUGGCCUCGCCCUGCUUUUCGGGGCUCCAGACGGCCGCAGCAGACGACGACUGGUACAAGAAGUCGCUCACGGCCCUCUCCAUGAACACCUCCCACCACCCAAACUUGGCGGCGCCCAUGCUCCAGUAUCAAACUUAGACAUCCACCUACGGUCCCUGGCGGCCGGCGGGGGCCCCUCGCAGCCCGCGCCCUCCGCGUACCCGUCCUACUACUCCAGCUACUACCACUACUACUACGGGUACCCGGCCGGCGAGGUGCUGCACGGCUCCUC